AUGACACCCGACCAGUGCGAGUCCACCGUUGCACCGGUCCCGCACCAGCCGCACCGAUCGGACGACAGCGCGUGUUGCGUGGACGCGUCGGCUGCGCUUGCGCACAAGUCGCUGCGUGAGAUGCCGUUCCACCCGCUGCCGCCGCCUCAGGUGCGCGUGCCCACUGGCGAUCGAUUGUCGAGCGCCGACAGUGUCGACCAGCCGCAGCAGCUUUUGUUGGGGCCCGCAGUCUGUGCGGUCGCUGUCCUGGAAACUGCACCCACGUCGCAUUCAUUGGACCAGAAAUACCCCAACGACGACGACGACGACGACGAAGACAUGCGGCACGUCCGUCUCAAGGCCCGUCAUAGCCUCCGCAAUAGCAAUAGCAGCAGCAAUAGCAAUAGCAGCAGUUUGCUGCGUGCGUCGCUCCUGAGCACGAGCGGCUCAGUGCCGCUGCCCCCGCACAGCAAGAGCCUCGUGCUCGACCCCGAGUCGAAUGGCGCCGUGCUGCAAGCUGCGGUCUCGUCGGGCGCAGAGGUCGUGGAGGUCGUCGCGGAGCAGAGUUGGCUCAUCACGAAGCUCUUGCUGCAGCUGCUCUGGGCGCUGCGCAUGUCCAAGCGCUGGAUCCUCUGCGCUCUCCGUCUCGUGUCGUUUGUUGUCGUGCUGCUCUUUCCGCUGAUUCGGAUCGCGCUCUACUGGUUUACCAGCCCAGACGUGCACAAGAACAUCAUCUACGGACUCAACCGCCGCAACCUCCUGGACGUGUACACAGUGCCCCGGUCGGCCCACGACGACGCGACGGCAUCGGCGACAGGCACUGCGCAGCGCUCUACACCCGGCGCGCGUGCGCCGAGCAACGCGAGUUUCAUGGAGAAGAAGCACCCGGUCGUCGUGUUUGUCUCGGGAGGCGCGUGGAUCAUCGGGUACAAGGCCUGGGGCGCCUUGAUGGGCCGCGUGCUCGCGUCGCUCGGGGUCGUCGUGGUUAUGCCCGACUACCGCAACUUCCCGCAGGGCGUAGUGCCCGACAUGGUCGAAGACGUGACGCGCGCGAUGCAGUGGGUCUUUGACAAUGUCCACCUCUUUGGCGGAGACCGCAGCAACGUGCACCUCAUCGGGCAGUCGGCCGGCGCGCAUCUCGCGCUCUGUGCGCUGCUCGAGCAGGUCGACCAGAGGCGCAACGCUGCCGCGAACUCGACCGUGUCGCCAACCGCCAGCGUCACGUCGGGACCGGGCGCUCUGUCGGACUGCGAGAGUCUCGACAGUCUGUCUCCGUUGACGCAGCCCAUCACGUGGACGCUGCGGCACGUGCGCAGCUACAUUGGCAUCUCUGGGCCGUACAACAUGGAGGCGAGUAUUGCGACGUUCCACCGCCACGGCUUUGACCGGGCGGUGGUGGAGCGGAUCAUGGCCCAUCAAUUGGCUUACUACUCGCCGUCGCUGCGGUUGGCUGCGCUCACUGAGCUGCCUCGGGACACGCGGACAAAGGCGCUCGAAGACUUUCCGCCGUGCUAUCUGUUCCACGGCACAGCGGACAAGACGGUCAACUAUCGGUCGUCCGAGCAGCUCACGGCGGCUUUACGAGCCUGCGGCGUUCCGGUGUCAACGCGCUUCUUUGAGGGCAAGACGCACACGGAUCCGAUCAUUGAGGACCCGAUCGUCGGGGACGAUUUCCUGCUGGACGACGUGAUGGCGGCGUUGAACGCCCAAGCGCCUCUGGACCCCAUGAGCGGGAAGCCGCGGUACGAGUUGCGGCCACGGCCACAGGAGGGACGCUAUUACCCCAAGGUGCUGGUGCGUCUGGCCCGUGCGAUCAAUCCGUUCUAA